CACACACGAGCGGGAUCUUUCCUAACAUUGCAGAUUCUCUAUGGAGGCCACUGCUACAUAAAACCACCUGGGGGGUCCAAAGAGGUGACACAAGCAUGUGCAAGAUGUGCUAGUCGAGUAAGACUGUAAGGUGUUGAGGCCACGGUAUGUGUCUUUGAUUGCACCCUGAGAGGCUGUUUGUUUUGGAUGCAUUGACUGUGGGAUGGGUACAGUUUGUUCUCCUGCCCAAAUGAAGGCAGUGAUUGAGCUCUGUUGACAUACGGGUCAAUUGGGAGCAUGUGGAAAUUUCACACUGGUAAGAAUAACACUGGUAAGAAGACCGCAUUAACAUACAUUAACAAACCUUUCUCUAUUUGACAAAUUAAUUUGUGCAAACAGAAUGUGUCAAAUGAGUCCACACAGCUGAUAAAAGCAUGACUCCAGUCAAUCAAUUAACAUCUUGUGAAGUGAAAAGCUGUGUGUUUGUACUCAUAUUUUUGCCAGAAGCAGAGGUUUAAAGUUCAAACACUUAAACAUUGAAUUUGGACAUUUGUGGAUUACGUGUGGAUUAUUUUGAUGUUUUAUCAGCUGUUUGGACUCUCAUUCUGACGGCACCCAUUCACUGCAGAGGAUCCAUUGGUGAGCAAGCGAUGUGAUGCUAAUUUUCUCCAAAUCUGUUUUGAUGAAGAAACAAACUCAUCUACAUCUUGGAUGGCCUGAGGGACAAUGCAAAACUACAUACUGCAGCUAUUACAACAGCAUCGCUUCGUAGUAGAAGAGUCCGGGUGCUGAAUUGGCCUGCCUGCAGUCCAGAUCUUUCACCUGUAGAGAACAUUUGACACAUCAUUAAACGAAAAAUAUGUCAAAGAUGACCACAAACUCUUCAGCAGCUGGAAACCUAUAUCAGGCAAGAAUGGGACCAAAUUCCAACACCAAAACUCCAGAAACUCAUAACCUCGAUGCCCAGACAUCUCCAAAAAAGAAGAGGAGAUGCUACAUCAUGCCUGCAGAACCUCUCAACUUGAAUCAUUAUGCCACUAAGAAGAGUGUAGCAGAGAGCAUGCUGGAUGUGGCGCUGCUGAUGGCAAACGCCUCUCAGCUGAAAGCUGUCCUGGAGCAGGGCCCCGAGUUCAAGUACUACCUCACUGUCAUCGUCCUCAUCGCCACGUCUCUCUUCUUCCAAGUGCUCGCGGGGGCUCUCUUUGUCCACAUGGCACGCAAAAACCUCAAUGAUGUGGCCAAUCAGAGGAAGCUGGACAUAAUAAACAAUGUGGCCACUGUGCUGGUGUUCCUCACCGUCAUCAUCAACAUCUUCAUCACUGCUUUUGGAGUGCAGAAGACAGGUCUCUAUCCUAAGCAGUAAACUGUCUGGUCUCGAUAAUGGUCAUUCUUCAGGCCGGUCCAAUCAUGAAAGAUUUCCUUCUGGCUUCGAUAUUUGUUAUACUAUAGAAGACACAGUUAUUUAUGGUCUUUUAUUAAAAAUUUAUUUCUACAGCGGGCAUUAUAUUAAAGGGUCUACAACAUACAUUUAUCAUAGACUGUCUAAUGAUUUAUAUUACCUAGAGGCAAAACUAUAAUCAAGUAACAUGUGCUCUACACUUCAUACUGUCCCAACUAUUAAUAAACGUUUAUUAUAAAAUA